CGGCCUCGAACCUUCUCGGCGGCGGUCGCACCAAGGACAUCAAGAACGAGCGCAGCACGGACCUUCUGGAGGGCAUCCGGAAGCUCCUGGACAUCCACACGGCCGCGCCUCAGCAGCACCCGGCCGCCGCGAACCACUCCCACCCCAAGCGCAAGCCGAAGCCGACGCUUCACGACGCCCUCAGAGGCGCCCUCGGCAAGGCCAAGUGUGACCAGGGACUUCUGGGCAAGCUUCGGUCCAUCCACCGGGCCGUGGACGCCGGCCACAUCACCCUCGGGGACAACGAGGCACCCCCGAAAGGAUCUCGGCGAGGCGCAGCCGACGGUGGCAGAGGGUGUGGCGGCGGCGCCUCGGCUGGCAAGGGCCCCAGCUCUGAGCAGCCCCCUGCGCCCACGGUCACGCCCCAUCGUCCAGACACAGCAUCCGCCUAUGGAGCUGGCAAGGGCGAGGAUACCGGGCCACCUUGGGCCCUUUCCCAACGCGAGUGGUCCCAGGCCACCGUCUCCAAGCAGGGGUUCGUGUUGGCCAAGCUGAGGAACGGGGAGCUCCCGUCUGCUGGCCACACUGCCUGCCUCGCCGAGUCGACGGACAUGGCCGACGAGAUGUUGGCCCUCUGGCGUGCGCACCACCAGAACGACACAGACGCCUCCUUGACAGUGGCCGUCGUGGCGACCAAGGAGGACUCCUGGCAGCCAGACGGGGCCACGGGCAUUUUGGCGCACCUCACUCUCGUAAAGCUGGACAAGCAGGCCGUGAAGCUGGUCAAAUACAUCAUGCUCGGCAAAGCCGUGGAGCCCCCUGCGAGCCCGACCAUCAAGGAUGUCAAGCAGGUCCCGAAGCGGCAGGGCACCGUCACGGUCCGGCUCACCGUCUUCGCCGAUUACCUGUCGGACAAGCUGUCGCUGUUCUCCGCGAACCAGGCCCUCAAGGUGGUGUGGCCAGCAGCAGGCAAGGGCAUGCUGUUCGGUUGUUGGCGUCCCAAUGGCACGAAGGGCAAGGAUCCCUUCUCGUACACCAUGUACGUCACUGGCACGCCGGCCCAAUGCAGCGAUCUGUUCAAGAUCAGCGGCAAGCACGGCGUUUUCGUCCAGCACCUGGCGUCCUUUCGUGACCAACGCCAUCGGACGACUGUGGCGUGGGUCGCCCGGCCUGCUGGGCUCACGCCGCUCGAGUACCGCGACCUGGCCCUCCAGGAGGGUAAUGGCAAACCACUCGUGCACAGAAUGGGGGGUGGCCCUGAUCUGGGCUACGAGCGCGGCGGCAUUGACGCACGACAGUGUCCUCCGCACAUCUGGCGAGCUACCACGCCGCGGUGGUGGCGCACGACCGACCUCGAGUCCUUCCUGGAGGCCAACGACUGGCAGCAAGUGCAGGUCCUCACGCACCUCAGCCCCGGCUCCUGGCGCGUCCGCGCGGGCGCCCGGCCGCUGGCAACGACCACGUACAGAUACGAGGCAGGCUUCGACGACGACAUGGGCCACGUCACCGUCCUUCCCCUGCCGCGCAAGGUGAAGUCCACCAGCGAAGGACGUACUCUCAGACAGCCGGACUUCCCGUGGCUGGACACGGAGGUCCCGGCAGCCCCGCCGCAAGGCGAUGCCCCCGCCCCGCCGGCGGGUGCAGCGGCUGCGGCGAGCGAUCCCCCUGGCGAGGGUGAUGCGCCCAUGCCCGCGGCAGCGCCAGCGGCGCCCCCUGCUACGGGCAAGGGCGCUGACCAACAGAAGAGGCCAGGAACCCAGAAGACGGACGGGUCUAAGAGGCUCAAGCUGGACGACAAGCAGAUCGUGCGGGACGCGAACUGCCUCUUGGACGGCAUGGAGAUUGUGGAGGCCGGGGGCCGUGGCGCGUGCGGCUACUGUUCCAUCGUCGCCGCCGGGAAGCUCACCCGCGACGCCUCCUUCAGCACUGCUGCCGUCGGCGCCAUGGAGAAGAUCUGGGUCGACGCGGGCACGCUGAGGGUCCAGACCGCCCAGCUCUUGAAGAAGAACUCAGACGUCUGGAAGCCCUACUGGGCCCAGGGCCCCAAGCAUAUUUCACACACAGGCCAUACCUUCGACGAGUACGUCGCGAAGUGCUCGGCCCCAGACUUCUGGAUGGACGAGUUGCAGCUCAACGCAGCGUCCGCCGAGCUCAAGCGCCGGAUAACCGUGGUCUAUCGCGACGGCAAGCAGGGCUGGGCCAGGCGCACAGUGGGCCACCAGCACAAGAGCAAAGGUUGGUUCGUCCUCCUCCUGGACGAGAGCCACUACCGAGCAGUCCGGCCGCCAACGGACGGAUUCCCAGCGAGCCUCUGCGAGGAGUUCGAGACCUACCUCGCCUCCUUCUUGCACACGUACCUUGCAAGGGAGCUUGCGGACGACGUCAAGCGGCUGCUCAAGCAGACGGUGGGUGCCCGCAGGCGCUGGGCUUCCCAACACCAGCAGGCCACGCCCGCCACAGUCGAGGCCCAGCGUGUGAUGCUGAACAGGGAUACGGAGGACCUCCGGAGGAAGUGCUACUACCCCGGCGACCUCUACGCCUGCCCGCGCGGGUGGCGGGCCAAGAGCACUCCGGCCGCAGCCCGUGCCAACGCGCGGCAGGCCGAGCGACAUUGGCGUUCCUGCCAGCCCGGCACUCGGUGGGAAGCCUUGGAUGAUGCUUGCCAUCAGGCUUCUUUGGCUCCAAUGCGUGAUCCUGCCAUCCAGGACCGCAAGGUAGCUAAGGCAUGGGAGCGUCACCAGACGCUGCGUGCCAGCAUGCCAGCGUCGAUCGCGCGGUGCGCCCACGACCUCGACGGCGCUACGGCGCAGAAGCUCCGCCGGGCCAAGGGGGGCAAGUCUACCUUCUACACGUGCCGCCGGUGUGGUGGCUCGUACGUGCUUGCCUCCGUGUGGAAGCUCCCAUGCCCAGCCAUUCCCCCUGCUGACCGCCCCACUUGCGUCGACUUCGAGCUGCAGUGCCGGGACGCUGGGUCAGCGAGGUCUUCGAGAGCCAUGGCCGUGGGCACGGCCAGGACAGCAGCCUCCCACCCCGGCCCUCCGCGCUUCCAGCGGCGGCCGCAGCAGUUCCCGACUGGCAUGGUCAUCUGGGGCUGCAACGUGAAUGGCCUCAAGGACAAUAAGCCCGUCGGCGACGCGGCUGCAACGAGCAAGUGGGCACGCGUCCAGGGCCAGGCCUUGGCUGCAGGCGCACACAUCAUUGGCCUCGUGGAGACCCACAUGGACAGCUUCACAGCAGACCGCUUCGGCGCACAAGCGUCCAUAGCUGGCUUCUCAUCGUAUUUGUAUUCUUCGGGUACAGCGAGGUCUCGGGGAGUCGCUCUUCUCGGACCUCCAGAACUACGUGCGGACCCGUGGGCGUGGGAGCCAGAUUUUCAAGGCCGCGUUGUCUCCGAGCUUCUCCACAGCCACGGCCAGGGCACCAUGUUGGUUGUCGUCAUCUACGCCGACGUUCACAGCCAGGAGCAAAGACAGCGCCUAUGUGCUGCGGUUGCCGCACGCGUCGCUGCCGCCGACCUUCCUGCAGUUGUUUUUGGGGACUACAACUGCGAGCCCAUGGACGAGGAGACCGCGUCCUUCGCUGGCAGUCUCGAUUGCGCGCACCAUUGCCUCCCUGGAGGAGAACCUGUGUGGCACCACACCCACGGCGACCGCUUCAUCGACUACGCCGUGUGCAGGCACCUCGUCGUCAACACCUUCGGCACCGACACGGCCAUUAGUGACCACAAGGCCAUCGUUUUCAGCGUGCAGCGCGAAACGGAGGCUCUCGUUCAGACAAUUCAGCGUUUCGUUCCUCUGGAGCCCCCGGCCAACCUGGAGGAGUGGGACAGCGACUGGAAGGACCAGAUGCACUAUUUCGAGGGCGCCUGGGACGCGGCAGAGGCAGCACGCGAUCCAGCACGCAUCGUUGGCAAGGCACUGCGCUGCGCCGCUGGCAGCGGGUUUGGCGUGGCUGCCACGGCCUGCGCCAGAGUGUUCAAGAACGACGGCUUCACCGUGUUCUUCGUCGCCUACACCACCUUCUGCACGGCCCCCGGGCUCGUGGCGAUGCUGGCCAUCGACAAAGGUCUGCAAGGCUUGGUCCGGGACGGCAUCCUACCGAGCAUUGGGGACAGCAGUCCAGCUGCUGCCGCCGCGGCCAUUUCAGCUAAAUUGGAGCAGCUCCACGCCGCCCACAAGGAAACCCGACUCCAGGAGUGGCGCCGCCGACAGCAGGAGGGAAACAUGAAGACCAUCUACACCUACGUGUCUGGGAAGAAGACCAAGCCUACAGCUGCCGCCCGGGGCACCAAGAUCCCGGCGGCCCUGCUGGCGCGGGCGCCACGAGUCGCCCUCGAGCUGCUGGGGCGCAUCGGCGAUCUCAUCCGCGACACAGGGAGGUGGCCGAGCGCUCUGAGGAGCCAGGAGGUGGCCAUGAUCCCCAAGCCGUCUGGGGAGGGCCUUCGCCCGAUUGGGGUCGCGCAGACAGUCGCCAGGGCCUUCAAGAAGAUUAUGGUUGAGAAGUACAAGCGCUGGGCCGAGCAGGUCCAGCCCACCAACGCCACCGCUGCCGUGCUUCUCGUCGAUUUCGCCAUCGACAAGGCCUACGAGGACGACGCCGGCCUCGUUGUCCGGCAGAGCGACCUCAGCAACUGCUUCACACGGCUACAGGCCGAGCUCGUCAUGCAGGUGGCCGGUCUCUUCGGCAUGCAUGACAAGGACGCCGUGUUCUUGUUCUCCGACAACAGUGCCCGCAACACUGUCGUCAAGGUUGCGGGGUACGCCAGCGACUCCAUGGUCCCGGGGCGUGGCCUCGCGCAGGGUGACCCGGGUUCGCCGCUCGGGGCUGCCAUCCUUGCCGGGGCGCACGCCAGGCGACUCGCCGCGGACCACGACAUCAUGUUCACCACGUACGUGGACGACAGGACCAUGACUGCCGACGCCCCGCAGGAGGUGGAGUCGGCCGCCGACACGCUGGCCUACCUCGACUGGCUCAGCGGGCAGGAGGAGGACCCUGGUAAGUUGGCAGUGGCCGCCGCCAACGUCCAGGGCGGCAACUACCAGAGCUACGUGGACGUCCUCGGCGUCCGUCUGGACCUCUCUGGGGCGAACCCUCCAGAGGCUGCCCCGCGGGCCCUGCGCCGAGCCCAGGAGCUGCUCGCGCGGCUCACGAGGAUCCAGCGAAUCAGCUGGGCGGCUCGCCUGCCACGGCGCCGGGUGCGGCAGGUCGUCCUGGCCAACAUCGGCAUCUUGCGCUGGGAUGCGCCGGCAACAGGAAGACAUGCGCCGUGGUGCGUCCUGCCCGACAAGACCCUCCAGGCCCUGCGGGCAGCCUUGGAGACAGCCCUCGCAGGGCGGCGCCGAUACGCCUCCUGGAGACACCGAGGGGCCGCAUGGAACGUAUCUCCCAAAGCGUGGAAGAUCGAGCCAAUGGGCGUGGCGUUGCACGCGGCCGUGGGCAUGCUCAAACGCACCCUCGGCGGCCCUCUGGAGGCCUUCGUCCGCCAGCGGUGGAGGCCGGCCCACCCGGCAGCUCGCCCGUCAGCUGGGUGGCUGUUGCGGACCCGCGAGCUCUUGGACUCCAUGGGCUGGCGCACGGCCCGUGACCCAUUCGAGGUGGAGAUCGGCGACCUGACCUUCUCCCUCACGAACACGACCCGCAGUGGGCUCGACCACAUGGUGCGGGAGGCCUGGCGCUCGUGCAUGAUGCAGGCCGGCGAGGCGAAAGUCAGCAAGCAAGACGUGGUCAACAUCCACAGCCUUGAUGGGAAAGUGCUCCGGGAUUUCCUGGACAGCUACGACAACGGCCCAGAUCACAGCUGGGCCUGGCGGUGCGUCGUCGGGGGCGAGCCCAGCCCAGACCGCCUCCACCACGUCGACAACGCUGUGGCCCAGGACUGCGCCGCGUGCCGCACCAGAGCCACCGCGAGACACAUCCUCUGGCAGUGCCCUGCCACCGAAGCAGUCAGACACAGUCGUGGCCUACGUCUGCCAGAGCUCGCCCCGGAGCUCCCCGAGCCUGAGCGUUCAGCCCUUCUGCUGAAUGGGUGGAUCCGCGCAGCGUGGGACGUCCCCGCCGGCGUGUCCAGCGACCGCAUUCUCGCAUACAAGGUCGUGGUCGUUCGUCCACAUUGCGAUCGUUUUCUCGCCGCCGUUUCUGGUGAGGCCUAA